AAUGUGUGAUUAGAUGCACAAUCAGCAGUCGCGAGGUGAGGUGUCUCGACACACCUGGCACAGACAGGAGAGUGACGAGAGCAGUGAGAGUGUCAAUGAGGACAUGGAAGCCGCCCGCACCUUCCCCCGUUCCAGCACUUUCCCAACCACCUCACAUCAGGCGGGGGCAGCACAGCAGAGCGGCAGCCAGCGGCACUAUGGCAGAACCUCAGAUCCCGUUUCUGGAAGCUUUCGAGCUCAGAGAACGCCUCGUAUGCCUAUGGGCGGCUGGUCUGAGGAGAACCAAAUGAGCAGACAUCACGACCCAGUGCCCGAGGAGGGGUCUGAGGAUGAGCUACCACCACACAUCCAUAAGGUGACUUAGCAGCUGUGUCCUAGAUGAAGUAUUCGAGAGACUCACAGCAUCCAUUUACUUUUGGACACCGAUAAAAAAAAAAAGUCGUAUUUAUUUACUCUUGGACAAA